UUCUGUAAAAAGAGGGGGGUCUGCUAGGCCUGGCACCCACUCGCCCGAGACAGAUUUUCGGGGUAUGGAAGCUGGAUAGCGGCUUCUGAGUGCUCGGGGUCUCCGCUGCGGAUCGCUUGUCGUGUCGCCGGAGGAUGUUGGCGCGUUUAUGGAGCUCGGGCCGGGGACUGCCGCGGGGCCUGCUCGGCCUGGGACUGGCCGUAGCGGCGGCUCGGGCGGUGGAGGAUCACGGCGAGGGAGAGAGGGACAGGAAAGAGCGCGGGGCCUACAGGCUGGCCAUCGAGAGGAGCCGGGAGCUGCUACUGCGGGUCAAGGACGAGGUGGGGACCCCUGGGAUAGUAGUGGGCGUAUCUGUAGAUGGAGAAGCAGUUUGGGUUGAAGGACUUGGGUUUGCAGAUGUGGAGAAUAGAGUUCCGUGUACCCCAGAAAGCAUUAUGCGUGUGGCCAGUAUCAGCAAAUCCUUCACGAUGGCAGCCAUUGCCAAGCUUUGGGAGGAGGGAAAAUUGGAUCUUGAUGUUCCGGUGCAAAAAUAUGUACCAGAGUUCCCAGAAAAGGAUUUUGAAGGUGAAAAGGUGACAUUAACGACCAGAUUAUUGGUUUCUCACCUGAGUGGGAUUAGACAUUACGAAAAGGAUGUUGAGAAAAUAAGGAAAAAACUAUCCAAGAAAUCUCUUCCAGAGGGGUCCACAGAGAAGCAAGCACAGGAAACGGAAACUGAGAAAGCUAAACCUGACAGCGAUACCAAAGAACUGAGCACAACAGGAGAGCAGAAAAAACGGACGUUGGAACCAGAAGAGUUUUACAUCAAGGAAAAGUUCGACAGUGUGAUAGAUUCUCUGGAACUGUUUAAAAAUGAUCCGUUAGUGUUUAAACCGGGUACCCAGUUCUUGUACUCCACCCAUGCCUGGACCUUGUUGAGUGCUGUAGUGGAGCGAGCCUCAGGAAAGAAAUUUGUGGACUACAUGGUGCAGAUGUUCAGGGAACUUGGUAUGAAGAACACAGUGCCUGAGGAACAUGAACCCAUCAUAUACAACCGGGCAAGGUUUUACAAUUUCAAUAAGAAGAAGCGUCUGGUGAACACGCCGUACGUGGACAAUUCAUGUAAAUGGGCAGGUGGUGGUUUCCUGUCCUCAGUGAGCGACCUCCUCACCUUUGGAAACGUUCUCUUGUAUAGUUACCAAGCCAAGGCCAAUUCUCAGAUACUGCCCGGAUACCUCAAAUCAGACACCAUCUCUAUGGUUUGGAGACAGGUGCCGAACACUGAAAUGUCCUGGGACAAAGAUGGCAAAUAUGCAAUGGGCUGGGGGGUUGUGGAAAGGAAGCUGGAUUUUGGUCAAUGUAAGCACCAGAGGCAUUAUGUGUCCCAUACAGGAGGAGCAGUAGGGGCCAGCAGUGUCUUACUAAUCCUACCUGAAGAAGAGCAUAGUAUAUUCAGUAAUCUGGAGGCAAGACCACCAAAAGGGGUGGUAGUCACUAUAGUAGCCAACAUGCAAGGUACUGGUCUCAACAGCACAGCACUGAAAAUCGCAUUGGAGUUUGAGAAAGACAAAAUGAAAUGCUCAUAAGAUCAUACAUAUAAAGUGCUAGUAGAACAUGGGUGGUCACAAGGCAGAGCCCAGCUUUUGAAAAACUACAACUCCCACGUUGCAUUACCAACUGUAAGGAUGACAAAACAGUAUGGGAGCUGUAGUUUAGCAAAGGUGGGGGAUUUACUUCCUGGGUGCCACUUGUGCCAACCUAUUUUAUUCAGCCAUAAUUAUUAAUUAAUUGAAGGGGUUAAUGUACUGUGCAAUACAAAUGUGACUUUCAAUUGAUUAUGGUUUAAAGUGUAAUGAAACAUGUGCUGAGACAUUGGAUUAUGUGAUCCUAAGAGUCAU